AAUCUAUGAUGCAACAUUAAAAUAAUUAGAGGGGGAAGGAGGGGUGGUUGUGACAGAGGAAGUGAUGGUGUCAUGGACAGGCGCUGAAGUACCUGUAUCAUAACGGAUCCUGAGGAAGAACACAUGAAGAUUGUGCUUGAGACGAGACGAGAGGAGCAGCGCUUACAAGCCAUGUCCACCUCCGACAGUCCUCCGUCCUCCAUCUGUAUGUUUGCUCUCCAUCAUCAACCCUCCAGCUCUCAGGUGGACUCCAGCAGCAUGAGCGGUCAGAUGUCUCAGGUGGACACGGGUCUGUACGGUCAGCCCAUGACGUUUCCCAAGACGCCAGACGGCCGGAGCAUGGAGCAGAUGAUGGGCUUCGUGCCGUACUCCUCGUGUCUGACCCCCAGCAGCACUGAUCGAGCAGCGCAGCAGAACCAGCAGGAUUUUUCGCAGUUUGUUCUGCCGCCCCCAGCGUCCACCCUGCAGCCGGCUGGACAGAAGCGAGGCCUGAGCAAAGACAGCGUGGAAUACCGUCUGCGCAGAGAACGCAACAAUGUCGCGGUGAGGAAGAGUCGCGAUAAAGCGCGGCGGCGGAUCCAGUUGACCCAGCAGAGGGCGCUGCAGCUCCAGGACGAGAACCACAGCCUGCAGCUGCACAUCCAGCGCCUGUCGCACGAGGUGGAGUCACUCAGACACUAUCUGUCACAGCGCCACCUACAGGCCAGACAGCAGGACACCGCCAGAGAUGACCUCUGCUGAGACUGAAGGAUCAUUCUGGAUUCGCGUUGUGAUUUUCAUACAGUUUCAGUCGAUGGGAUAGGUAAAUAUAAUUUCUCAAAGUGAACAUGGGAAAUAAUCCACUACUUUUAAAAGUAAUGCAUUACGAUAUUGCAUUACUUCCUAAAAAAAGUAAUUACGUUAGUUACUUUUUAUUGAAAGUAAUGCGUUAUGUUACAUUUGCUCUACUUUUUAAAUCUGGGCUGGGCUUGCUUGUUUGCUUUUAAUAUAAAAAGUUCUAUUUUUGCCAAAUGUAAAAGCCCUUUAUGACCAAAAAAUACUCAGGAUGAAGGAAAUGUAAAUUCACGUCUGUACAGUAGAACGCAGAAUAAAAAAGUUCAAUGCUCUUCAGCAAUAAAAAAGAAGAAGAAAUGUUAGUUUAUCUUGUGUAAUUUUUGCUUAUUAGUAUUGGAUCAUCGAAGGUCAGCAGCAAAUUGGUUAAUAAAAUGGGAUUAAACACAUAAAGGAUAUUUGUAUUAUUUAACAUAUUUAAUUAUUGCAGCUUUGAGUCAUAUCCUGAGUUGCUUUUAACUGUUUUAUUAAUUUUGAGGAUUUUUUUUUUUUUUUUUU